AUGUAUAACGUCCCCUCAGAGAUAAUACUGGCAAUAGCGGAACACUUGCGCCUAGACAUAUCUCACCGAACGACUCUGUCAUCACUGUGUUUGGUCGACAAGAGAACCUACCACCUGGCCAAAGUCUACUUGUAUCGGCACGUGGAGCUUAAUUCUAAUAGCGCUAUAACCAAGUUCCGCCAGACGCUCACCGUCCUUUGCCCUCAUAACGCGGUCCAUGUUAAUACUCUGAACGUAUAUCCUCUUAUUUGGCACACCAGAGCCUGUAGCUCUAAUCGUAUACGAAAAGACCUUGUCCCAGACCUCCGUUCCAUUCUUAACGUCGUCUCGAACCUAAAGCACUUAUACCUGGCUAUUACGCGUAAGGCUUUGGUUCUGUUACUUGCCGACAUCAAACCUGUCUUUAGUUUAUAUUCAAUGGCUCAUUCGGGGGAUAUGUCCAAGCCAUUGCUCAAGUUCUUGAGUAAUCAACCUGAAAUAGUAAACCAUGGAUGGUAUAGCCUCUCAUCUUGGAAAAUGUGUCGCUUGCUCCAAGAGAGUAUGACUCAAGACAACCGUUUCCUCGGAAAUUUGCGCAGUGCCAUCGGACCCGCCAACUUUCUGGCAGCCUUGAUGCGCCGUCGUCCACUUACCAGCAUUACCAUUCUUAUUUAUACCUGGAGAUACAAGAAUACAAAGCUCGAUGACGCGUCUGCUAGUUGUGGAGGGGUUACAGGAUGGGUCAAGGCUAUGUACGAAGCAUACGCAGGAGGCAUCGGCCUUAUACCGCCUCGUGAAAGCUUGAAAGAAAUACGCAUUGCGGAGACGCAGCUACCCAUGCGAUCGUUGCCAGGCUCUAAAAAGCCUAAGAAUUACAUGCGCUCGUAUCUUCAAAUUGUAUUGCGCCGAUUUAGCCAGGUAGAGCGCUUGGAAGUGGUAUCGUCCCGAUCCCUCCCACAUAAUGCCACCCCAUUUACUGUGCAUCCGUGGUUACUUGAAAUGAAUGACAUGUCCAUGUGGAAUCAAAUCGCACCAUCGUUGAAGAAAACGGGAUAUGAGAUACAAUAG